AUGUUUGUGACGCUCCCGCAGCUCCUCCCGGCGCUCUCGGACGACGACGGCAACCAGGUGACGUUCCAGUGCGCCACUUGUGGCUGCGCGUCCGACCUGUGCGGCUCGUUCGUUCGUGUGGCGAGCCAGUUGAUUUGCUCGCAAUGCUACAGCAACAUCAUGUGCAACCUCUCGGAGAAGAAGGAGUGCAGCGGGAGCUAUACCUGCCAGCGCUACCGCGAGGAACGCGCCGCCGCCGAGUUCCCGGCCAACGUCAACUGCAUCGACGGCAUGUGCACCGCCUGCAUCUUCACCCGCGCCCAAGACCUCGGCAUCGUCAAGCAGCUCACCGAGCCUGUCGUCGAUGAACACCCCCGCGAGGACGAGUGCCCGAUCCACCACCGCGGACUGGGCACGCCGCCCUGCAGGAUGUCGAACACGUGCCGCCGCUACCGAAAGGAUCGCGCUGCCGCCACCGACCUCGUCAGCGUCGUGGGCUUCGACAAGGCGUGCGAGGCCUGCUACAUGCUCAGGAUCGGCGAUGUGAUGGCGGCUGGGCUGCUGGAUGGAGAAGAGGGCGAUGAGGAGGAGCCGCAGGACAAGCCCGACACCGACACCAGCGUC